AUGGGCGGUGCGGCGGGGUGGUCGGUCGAGGGUACGCUUGACGGCGGCGACGGCCAGCACACCAUGUCCGCAUGCGCUCUGGAUCAGGUCGAUGGAGCGUCACGUGUAGCUCUACGACAUGCUGGAGAAUCGGCCGCCGGCGGGGUGGUCGGUGUGCUAAAAAGGAUGCGCACGUCUUGUAAAGCUUGCAAACUGCGGGAUGGGGAUACAUACAGGAAGUUGGAUGAUAAGAAGAAGCAUUUCUUGGUGUUUAUGAUGGGCGAUUUCCGAGAUGCGAUGAUAAUCCCAGAAGAACUUCUGCGGCGUUUCAAAGGCGAGAUCCCAGCAGAGAUCAAGCUAGAAACCCGAAAGGGUGACAGUCACACUAUUGUGGUUGCCAGGAACCAACAAAAGCAUGUCUUUACAGUUGGUUGGAGACAAUUCGUUGAAAGCUAUGAUCUACAAAUGGGUGAUUCCGUAAUAUUAAAAUACAACGGAAACUCUCAGUUUAAUGUGAUAAUAUUUGAUAAGCUUGGUCAAGAGAAAGCAUUGUCGGUUCUUCUGGAUCCUUUUAUCACUCAGGUCCAAGACAGGCGCAGUGAUGCACAUGAAAUUGGGUUUUGCAUGGCUGUGCCUUCUGAAAGAUGCAAAGGCUAUCUUGAAUAUCACUAUAUGAACUUGGAUGAUGAAAAAAAAUAUUUGUCUAUGCUUAUGAUGGGCGAUUUUCAACACAAGAUGAUCAUCCCAGAAGAAUUUGUUAAGCGUUUCAAGGGCGAGAUUCCAGGAGAGAUCACACUUGAAACAAAAAAUAAUUGCAGUUACAUAAUUGGAGUUGCCAAGCACCAAGAAAAGCUUGUCCUUACAGCUGGAUGGAACAAAUUCAGUCAAACCUUUGGUCUACUGAUGUAUGACACCAUAGUAUUCAGAUACAAAGGAAACUCCAAGUUUAGUGUCAUAAUCUUUGAUAAAUUUGGUUGUGAGAAUGCAUUGACAGUUGUUGUGGAUCCUUUUCUGGCUCCUCUUCAAGAAAGUCACACAAAUGCUACUGAAACACUGAACCCUUCUAAUAUUCAACCCCAAUCAGCCCAAAUGCAAUCACCUCCAUCUACUAGCACGGUGAAUGGGCUGCCAAUGGAGUCACCACAACUGGAAAUAAUGCAGCCCCGCCAAAUGGACAAGUCAUGUCAAGGCAACAUGGCCCCAAUAAAUAUUUCCUCUGAAUCAUCUGAAGAAUUUUUUUCGUCUGAAGAUGAAUAUGGAGUACAUGGUGUGCAUGGUUCCAAUUACAUUGUCAAAAAGAAGAGCAAGCUAUCUUCUUUUCAAAAGGAGCAGUUAAAGGGUGGUUACAUUACCACACAUAAGACCAAACUUACUUUGGUUCAGAAGGAGGCGGUGAAGCAGAAGGUCGAAUCUAUACACUCUGAGAUCCCUAUCGUUGUUGCUGUGAUGAGAAAGUCCAGCAUUGAAUCAAGUUUCUUUCUGACAUUCCCUAGCCACUAUGCUAAGGAAUAUCUUGCAGGGGGGCUUCACGUGUAUCUUCAGUAUCACGACGUGACAUGGGACUGCCGGUUUGGUGACACCCGUGGUGAUAAAAAGCUCUCCAUUGGAUGGAAAAAGUUUGCACAAGACAACGAUUUGAAGAUGGGUGAUAUCUGCCUCUUUGAGCUGUUGAGUAAUCAGAAGAGAACCAUGGAGGUCUAUAUCAUCCGUUUAAAUGAUGACAAUUGAUAAGUCAUACUGUUGUUGUUGCCGAGCUUGCUGACGGCGGUAGACUGGGAAUCGUUUGUGUUGGAGGCAGUGCUUUUGUUGUUGGUAGUGAA